AUGAAUACCGAAGGUUAUGAAGAGGUCUUAAGGAUUGAUCUUGAAGGCUCACAAAGAGUUUUCAAGACUUUCCAGAGAUUUUAUCCCAAGAAACACAUCAAAGAUAUGUUCAAUGUUGAUGGACAGACCACAAAUUUGCAGUUGAUCAAAGAAAUUUGUAUUAAUUUGCUUGACGAUACGUCUGGAAUGUGCUACACCUUUGCUUUUAAGCCUUUGAUAGUGGAACUAGUUACACGGCUUAUCAGUGAUGACAGUAUUGAAAAAAAUUUCACAUUACAAUUUAAUGAGCAUCAUAUUGUGAAGUCAUCUUUUAUCUUCUCGUAUAUUGCAAAGCUUAUCGGAUAUGAUAGAGACAUUGAAACCCUAGCCUCUAUUAUUUCCCUUUCGGAAGAUGUUAAGAAUCAGAUGAUCAAGUAUUAUGUUGAUGAGAAAAACUUGAUUGGAUCUCUUGGUAGUGAGAAGGGAUUUAAUUUUCAGCUUUUCCAACUCUUUGAAGCCCAAAGAUUGUCCAACUUGACAAAAAUUGCUCCCCUUUCUGAAAAAUUUGUUAAAGGACCAUCGAUUAUUGAGUUCAGAUCAGAGGAUCUUUCUGUUGGUGUUAAAAUCGUUUCUGGAAUUCUAUUUCCACACAUUAAAGAGUUAGAGACACAGAGAAGAAUGAAUGGUGCAGUAAUAGAUUUUAUUCCGAUAAAAAAGUCAAUUGAAUCACUUCGUUCUUUAGCAUCUUACCUUAAAACAUCUAGGCCAGUAUUACUCGCAGGAGCAGAAGGAAGUGGUAAGACAUUUUUGGUGAAUCUUAUGGGACAGGAAAUCGGUGUCAACACUAAAGAUUUGGUGAAGAUACAUUUAAAUCAACAGACUGAUCCCAAAUUAUUGUUGGGAACGUAUACAUCUGGUUCAAAGCCGGGCACAUUUGAAUGGAAGAAUGGUGUUUUAACCACGGCGGUGAAGGAGGGAAAAUGGGUGCUUGUGGAAGACAUCGACAAGGCACCAAACGAGGUUCUUUCGAUUCUUCUAGGAUUAUUGGAAAAUAAGGAGUUGGUUAUUCCAUCCCGAAAUGAAGUUGUUACCGCAAAAAAUGGAUUUCAGUUAAUUGCUACAAUGAGAGUCACAUCGAAAUCAGGAGAUAUGGUUGUUCCUGAUGUUAUAGGAUUACGACUUUGGGAAAUGCUAAAGGUUCCAGAAUUAGAUGAUAUGGACCUGCGUUGCAUAUUGGUGCACAAGUUUCCUUUGCUAGAUCAUUUUAUCAGCGUAUUUAUUGCGAUGUUUUUGAAAAUUAGGACGGCUUAUAAUUCUCGUAAGCUUGUGAUAUUGAAUGAUGGUAUUCCUCCAAGACCCGCAUCUAUUCGUGACCUGAUGAGAUUUUGUAAAAGAUGCAAUGCUCUUUUCUUGGCUGCCGGAGUGAGAUCAUCUACAGAUCUUAUUUCUGACCAGUUAAAGGAGCUACUCUUUCAGGAAGCACUUGACUGCUUUACAAGCUUUCUUUCCUCGAGUGCCUCAAUCAAGUUUUUGUGUGAAAUUAUUGGCAAUAUUUUGGAAAUACCUACAAGUAGGAUCAACCUUCAGAUGAAUCGUCACACUGCUUCAUUGACCAUCUUUGAUGAUUCAAUCACUGUUGGUAGAGCAAAAUUAAAGAGAAAUCACAUCGUCGGACUGCACAGACAGGCUAAACUUGGUGGAUACAAUGAAGGCAGCUCUACAUUCUCAAGGACAAAUCAUUCUUUGCUGCUGAUGGAAAAGAUUGGUGUGGCAGUUUCUAUGUGUGAGCCGAUUGUGCUUGUUGGUGAAACAGGUACCGGUAAAACCACAAUUGUUCAGGAGAUGGCGAAGCUCCUUCAUAAAAAACUCACGGUGAUUAAUGUCUCUCAACAAACAGAGGUCAGCGAUCUUCUUGGUGGUUAUAAACCGGUGAAUGCCAAAACAUUGGCUUUGCCAAUCGAAGAGGACUUUGAGAAUUUAUUUAGUCGGUCAUUUUCUAUAAAGAAAAACGAGAGAUUUUUGAGACUUCUUGCCAAAUGCUUCAACAAGUCGCAAUGGAAGAAUGUGAUUCGAUUAUGGCAGGAGGCAUAUAAGAUGGCUAAAGCGACAUUUACUGUAUCCACAGAAAAUGAUGACAAGGAGAUGUCAAGGAAAAAGAAGCGAAAACUUAACGAUACCGAUCGUUCGGAGCUUUUGGAGGAGUGGCAUGAAAUGCAUGGACGUAUUGACAAUUUUGGAAAGCAAUUUAAAAAUAUUGAGAACUCCUUUGUUUUUCAGUUUGUUGAAGGUGCUUUGGUGAAGGCAAUAAAGAACGGAGAAUGGCUUUUGCUAGAUGAAGUCAAUCUAGCAUCACCGGAAACUCUUGACAGCAUCUCUGAUUUACUUACCGAUGAAAUUGAACAGAGGAGUAUUCUUUUAUCCGAGAAAGGUGAUAUUGAGAGCAUCAAGGCCGAUCCGGAAUUUAGGAUAUUCGCUUGUAUGAAUCCAGCAACAGAUGUCGGUAAGAAAAAUUUGCCAUUGGGUAUUCGAUCUAUGCUAACAGAGAUAUACGUUCAUUCUCCAGAUGAGGAUAUCAAUGAUUUAUUAAUGAUAAUUGACAAAUACAUUGGUAAAUAUGCGUUGAGCGAUGAAUGGGUUGGAAAUGACAUUGCAGAGCUUUACUUGUCCUCGAAAAAGCUUGCAAAUACUCAUCAGAUAGUGGAUGGAGCCAACCAGAAACCACAGUUCAGCAUUCGUACCCUUACAAGAACACUUUCCUACGUUACGGACAUAAUAGAGAUUUAUGGAUUGAGACGUUCACUCUAUGAGGGUUUUUGUAUGUCAUUUUUGACAUUGCUAGACGAGAAGUCGGAGAAGGUUCUUUACCCACUAAUUACAAAAUAUACCAUUGGGAGGUUAAAGAAUGCAAAUUCGGUGAUGAAGCGCAUUCCACCAAACCCAGAUCCUAAAGGAGAAGACUAUGUCCAAUUUAGACAUUACUGGUUAAGAAAGGGACCAGAGGAGCCAAUUGCGCAGGAUAGUUAUAUUAUUACACCAUUUGUGGAAAAGAAUUUGCUCAACUUGGUUCGUGCUACCAGUAAUAGCAAGUACCCUAUUCUUCUUCAAGGUCCAACUUCUGCGGGUAAAACGUCGAUGAUUAACUAUUUAGCAAGGAUAACCGGUCAUAAGUUUGUUAGAAUCAACAACCACGAACAUACAGACCUUCAAGAGUAUCUAGGAACUUAUGUUUCCGAUUCUACGGGAAAGUUAUCAUUUAGGGAAGGUGUUUUGGUUGAGGCUUUGCGUAAUGGCUAUUGGAUUGUUUUAGAUGAAUUAAAUUUGGCUCCAACUGAUGUUUUGGAAGCCCUCAAUAGACUAUUGGACGAUAACAGAGAGCUUUUUAUUUCGGAGACACAAGAAGUUGUUCACCCACACCCGAACUUCAUGUUGUUUGCGACCCAGAAUCCACCAGGAUUGUACGGUGGAAGAAAGAUACUUUCUAAAGCUUUCAGAAAUAGAUUUUUGGAGUUACACUUUGAUGAUAUCCCUCAGGAUGAUUUGGAGGUGAUUUUGAGGGAAAGGUGUAAAAUUGCACCAAGUCAUGCAAAAAGAAUUGUCGAGGUAUACCGGGAGCUCUCUGUGCAAAGACAGUCUACACGUCUUUUUGAAAAGAAGAAUUCUUUUGCUACUUUGAGAGACCUUUUUAGGUGGGCCGAGAGAGAUGCAGUUGGAUACCAGGAGCUAGCUGCAAAUGGCUAUAUGCUUUUGGCAGAGAGGGUGAGGCGACCAGAAGAAAAGCUUAUUGUCAAAGCUGCACUGGAGAAGGUAAUGCGUGUGAAGCUUGAUAUGGAUGCGUACUAUAAGAAACUUGAAGAUAAGGAUCUUUUAAAUAUGGAAAGUCCUGUUAUAUGGACCAAAGCAAUGAGGAGACUCGCAGUGCUAGUGAUUAGCUCUCUUAAACAUCACGAACCGGUUCUUUUGGUUGGAGAAACAGGUUGUGGUAAGACUACUAUUUGCCAGUUACUUGCUCACUACUUUGGAAAGCAGUUAAUAGUUGUUAAUGCCCACCAGAAUAUCGAGACAAGUGAUCUUUUAGGUGCUCAAAGACCUUUACGUAACAGAUCGCAUAUACAGGCCCAACUUGUUGAUGCAAUAAAGAAAGCUGUUGAAACUUUGGGCGUUGAUACAUCAUCCAUAACAUCUGUAACCUCCGCUCUUAAAUUGUGGAAGGAUCACCAAAACGACGAGAAUCUAACAAAGGAAAGUGUUAAAUUGGUGCAGUCAUUGCAGAGGGAAAACAAUACCCUUUUUGAGUGGCAAGAUGGUCCGUUGGUUGAAGCCAUGAAAAAAGGGUGUUUUUUCUUGUUAGACGAAAUAUCGUUAGCCGAUGAUUCAGUUCUUGAAAGAUUAAAUUCUGUGCUUGAACCAGAGCGCAUGCUAUUGCUUGCCGAGAAGAAUAGUGAGGAUGCAUUAGUCACAGCACCAGAUAGCUUUUCAUUUUUUGCAACCAUGAAUCCUGGCGGUGAUUAUGGUAAGAAGGAAUUAUCACCUGCCCUAAGAAACAGAUUUACCGAGAUAUGGGUUCCAUCUAUGGAAGACUUCGAUGAUGUGAAGCAAAUUGUUACAGCAAAACUUUUACCUCCCGCUAGAGCUCUCUCAAGCAUAAUUGUGGAAUUUUCUCGUUAUUUUGGCAAUACGAUGGGUGCAGGAAAUACGGGAAAUGGAGUUAUUUCUUUGAGAGAUAUUUUAUCAUGGAUUCAAUUCAUCAACUGCUGCAUCACAGAGGGCUUCGAUCUGUACAAAAGCUUGUUGCAGGGCGCAUGUAUGGUAUUUAUAGACUCUUUGGGUACGCAUAAUACGUCAUUCCUUGCCAAUGAUGAGAGAAAGCUUAAUGAUUUAAAGGUCUCAUUUGUGAAUAAGCUUUCCGAACUUACUGGUCAGAGCUUGAUGCCGAAAUACGAAGAGCCUGUAAGCAUUGAAAUAACAAAGAAUAAGAUUGUGUUAGGAGGAUUUACAGUUGAUAGAGAGUCUUCUUCUGAUGAGUUAUCUUCCUUCAGCCUGGAUGCCCCAACAACUGCUGCGAAUGCUGCAAGAGUUGCUAGAGCGCUACUUGUGAAGAAGCCAAUACUUUUGGAAGGUAGCCCUGGUGUGGGUAAAACGAGUUUGAUAUGUGCAUUGGCUAAGGCGACUGGCAAACAUCUAACUAGGAUUAACCUUUCUGAGCAGACGGAUCUUAUUGAUCUCUUUGGUUCGGAUGCUCCUGUUGAAGGAGGAAAUGUCGGGGAAUUUCAAUGGAGAGAUGGACCAUUUCUUAAAGCCAUGCAAAGAGGAGAUUGGGUUCUACUUGAUGAGAUGAAUCUUGCUUCUCAGUCUGUUCUAGAAGGUCUUAACGCUUGCUUGGAUCACAGAGGUGAGGUGUAUAUUCCUGAAUUAGAUAGAUCAUUUGUCAACCAUCCGUCAUUUAGAGUGUUUGCAGCUCAGAACCCGCAAUCACAAGGUGGUGGCAGAAAGGGACUACCAAAGUCGUUUGUUAACAGAUUCACAGUUGUGUAUGUGGAUAUUCUUAAGAAACACGAUUUAAGACUCAUUGCUUCCAGACUUUUUCCCUCUGUUGAUCAGAACAUAAGAAAUAAACUAAUUGAAUUCAUCUCAUUGCUAGAAUAUGAAGUUAGUGUCAGAAAAUCAUGGGGAUCUUCAGGACAACCUUGGGAAUUUAACUUAAGGGAUGUUCUACGUUGGCUUACACUUAUGAAGAAAACAUCCGAUUCCUACCAGAAAUCCGCAUACGAUUUUUAUGAGCUAGUUAUUAGAAACCGGUUCCGUUCAGAGGAAGAUCGGAUAAAAUGUGAUGCUCUCUUUGAGUCAUCUUUUGGUCCACUUAAAGUCAGGGAUCCUUACUUUGAUAUCCAUCCAUUUUAUGUUCAGACAAAGAGUUGCGUUGUGAAAAGAGCUCAAUUCGUGCAAUACAAGCCUAACGCAAAUGCCAUAGGUCUUCAAUGUAAUAUUAAACCCUUAGAGUCUGUGUUAUAUUGCAUUGAGAUGGCAUAUCCUUGUUUAUUGGUUGGUCCUUCUGGUAGUGGAAAAACAGAUAUAAUCAAGUACUCUGCGGGCAUCAUAGGUGCUAAAUUGUUGGAAUUUUCAAUGAAUAACGAUAUUGACAGUAUGGAUAUUUUGGGCGGUUUUGAGCAAUCAGAUCCAAAUAGAUUGUUGAUGGAGUAUGCGAAUGACUUGCUUUCCGAACUGCACAAAGAAGUGUCCAUUAGUGAAAUUAAUGCCGCAAAAAAUAGUACUUGUGAUACUGCCGGAUACAUUGAAACACUUUUGGGCUUAAUAGAAACUUUAUCUGAAAGGAGUUUAUUGUUUGAAGAUUUGAAAAAUAUUGUUACAAUUCUCAAAAAGAUCUUGCUUGAAUCAUCAAAUUCGGAGAUAUGCCAUACAAUUAAGGAUAUGCUUCGUAUCAUGCAAUCAUAUAAUGAGCAUUCAUCUGUGAACUUUAGAUGGUUUGAUAGUCUUUUGGUUCGUGCUGUCGAAAAGGGCUACUGGUUGGUGCUAGAUAACGCUAAUCUUUGUAAUCCUUCUGUUCUAGACAGAAUUAACUCCCUUCUUGAGAUGAAUGGAAAUUUGGUCAUAAAUGAAUGCAGCUCUGAUGAUGGCACAGUGCGUACAAUUAAACCACAUCCAAACUUUAGGCUUUUCCUUACAUGCGAUCCAAAAUAUGGGGAGUUAUCGCGUGCCAUGAGAAAUCGUUCAGUGGAGAUAUUUUUGGAUCGGAUUGAUCUAAGAGCAACAUCAUUUGACAGAGAAUGUAUAGGGUUAGAGGCUAUACGUGAUAAACAAGAUUCUGUUUUUAACAGAUUCAGAAAACUUUCAUUAUCUACGACAAUUCCUAAACCAGUUUCGUGCUUUGUUGAUCCCCAAGACUCAUCUACGAGAGAACUAGCCCAGAUAUUCGAUUUCUUCAAUGCAAUGGGUAGAGUGGAUCAAUCAGAAAAGGAUUUUGUUUCGUCUGCAAUUUCCUUUACCGAACACUAUAUGUGGGAUAGCAUAUCCAUAUUGCUUGAUCAGGAAGCUUCUUGCACCGAGUUUUCAAUUCCAACUAUUGCCCUCGAUGAAUAUGGAUCGGUUACUAGUUAUUUCAAAGUGAAUAAUAUUCCAGACGAUGCGUUACUUUUGGCUUCUGAAAAUCCUUUGUUACCAACUUUGAAUGAGUAUACACUUCAGUCACUUUUCAAGGAUAGAAAAUUUGCGCCAACAUCCGAAUCUUCCUAUUUCGUGCUAGAUUGGCUAAAACUAUACAGGCUUGAAAAUAUCAUGCAGAAAAUCGAAAAUAGAGCUGCAAACGGUCGUAUGAUCGAUUUGAAUGAUUUGGAGAAGUCGGCUGCAAUGAAUUUGGGAAGAAAUGUGAAGAAUGCACCAACCUUACCAUUACACAUGCUUAUUUCACAUCUUAUAGCUUUCACUAAAAAGUCAUUGGUUGCUGGACUAAGUUCGUCAAAAUUUUUGAAACAAGAAAACUAUUUCGGACCAAUAUUUAAGUUUGAGGAAUUUAUUGAACAGAUUGUGAAAGUAUCGUUGAAUGUGGACGAGUCGUACUUAAGAUUUUACCAGAAGAAUAUCUUGCAGUGGAUAGAAGAUUCGCGUUGUCUAUUUGACCAAGGUAAUGUGAAGCUGCUUUUAGAUUCAGUUAAAAAAUUCACCAAUGAACUUGAACUUACUCGAGGUCUUUCUAUAUCCACAAUUUGGAAAUACUGUCAUUCCCAAUAUCCAUCUACAGAAGAGGAUUGGGAGCAUUUGCGACAGUUGGUAAAGGUUUCUCAGGAUUUUGAUGGAAUAGUGAACAAGCAAUCACCUGAAACUCAAAAUACCAUGUUUGGAUUGAAACGUUCAUUUGCAGAGUUAUUAGUAUAUUCGUUUAAGGGUGAUUUAACAUCAGAUUUACUUCAUAUUGAAAAGAAGAUCAAUGACGAGAUAGAAAACUUGAAAUCAGUAACUGGAGAUUUUACCUCUGAUAGAACACAGACUUUUAAAUCACUGUUUAACAAUAUUUUGGCUCAUUGGGAGGCUCGAAACAUUUUUUCUAAGGAUGACAUGAAGUUUCAUGAUGAUACCAUUAAUCUUGCGAUUAUGAGUGGAAAGUCGACAUUGGAUCUCGCAAGGUUCAAUCUUUGGGAACCAUUCAAACCAUAUCCUGCCAUACUUGGCUCAUUAUGGAAUGAAAAAGGUGACGACUUUGCAACAUCAUUGUUUGACGAUGGCUUCUUUAGUUUGGCCUUUGAUUGUAUUCGAGAUUCUAAAAGUUUACCUUAUGGGAAGAUGAAUACAUACUUGCAUGAUCUUCAGACUGCAAUCAAAGAACUCUUUUUGAAAUCAGAUUGCAUCUUGUACGACCACCUUGCAUCGUUCAAGCAACUUGGAGUAAAUUGGGUUGUUUGGAUUUGCCAAAUACACAAUUACCUCUUACCAAUUACUGCUAAGAUUAAAGCUCAAGAAUACUUAACUGACAUUUCUAAGGAUUCAAUUCAAAAAGAUUAUGUCAUGUUACUUCAAAAUAAUGGCCUUUCAUACUUUGCCUCAAUAUUUGAAUCAUAUAUGAGGCCAAUCCUUUUGCUUCAGAACAACAGUUUGCACUCCAUAGGUUCGUCGUGGGUUUUAUUCUCAUUUGGCUUACUUUUACUUUAUGUGCCAAACUUGACAUUUGAUCCAGCCAUUGAAGGACACGCUUCCUACAGAAUUUAUCUUUCUCUUUGUGGGAAGAUUAAAAGUAUACAUGAUUCCUUCGUUCAUUUCAGGAAGGUGAAGUUUGGCGAUGAUCAGCUUUUUGCAGAAACACUUUUGCCAAAUAUUGAGGAUUACGAUAAACCGGAAAAACCUCAAGUGUAUCGCUCGAAAGAUUCCACAGCAGCGCUAACACAGGAAUGGAAUUCUUUUCUUGACGCAUAUUUGAGCGAAGAUUCUCUUAACGAGCUUUUGAAGGCAGCCGAGUCUAAUGAAGAAACGGCAUCGAUGAAGGUGAACAACUUUGAAAUUAAUGCAUCCCAGUUUAUUUUGAGAUUAAGGGACGGUUACAAUAUGUACUCUGAUCUCAAUGAUAUCUUAUGUGGCUAUAUUUAUGCAAUGAAAUUUGGUUUACAACUCUUGCGUGAGUCGGCAAUUCAAAGCAGCCAGACCGUGAAUUCCACAUUAUGGAUAGCUGAUCCAUUGGUUUUGAGCUCCGAAGAACAAAUUUCCAACGCUUUCAAGGAAGUUCAACAGUGCUGCAGGUCUGUUUCUACUACGAAUACGGACGCGGACUAUGUUUACUAUUUCUUCCUUAAGCUGGCCAAUGUACUACAUUCUGAAAGCCAAAAGGGUGAUCCUAACAGCGUUUUGAAUCAGUCUCUUUUGUCACUUUAUUACAGAUGGUCAUUGAAUAGCAUGAAACAAGAGGAAGCAGAAACAGUUAAUCAAAGUAUUUAUAAGUUUAAGGAUCCUACGGUCAACGUCGAGGAAGAAUUCCUUGAAUUGUUUCCUGAUGCUGAGGAUAUUGUUGAAGUUGACAGUUCAGAAAAGGUUACGAAGACAAAUUCCGGACAAGAUGAGUUAUAUUCAAAGAUUGCUACUACAUAUAUUGAUAUCUUUGAGAAAAAGAACGUAUCUGAGAAAUCCUUUAACGAUAUUAUUGAAUCAGCACCAAUGUUUUUGCAUUACUUCCAAAGCAUCAACAAAAGUGUAGGAUUUGGAGCCAAUAGACCAUCAAUCUUGUUAUCUGUGAUAUCGCUCAUGAGUACCCUUUCUAAAUCUUUGAAUGAAAAUUUGAAUGAAUCCGAGGUUAACUUUUAUGAUUUCAGCUUUGCCGAAGCUAAAAAGGCCAAUGAAGUUGUCACAGAGUUGGAAGGAGCAGUAAAACCAUUGAUUGAGAAGUGGCCCGAACAGGCUUCUUUACAGGAUAUCAAGAGAAUAUGCCAGGAAUUCCUUACAUAUCCAUCAUCAACACCUAUCUAUCGAACACUUUCUCGAGUUGAACAGAUUUUUACAUAUGUCACACAAUGGGAAUCAUAUGCUCACUCAGGUAUAUCUCUUCAGCAUUCUUUAGACAAAUUGUCUUCAAUAAUUGUUGGAUGGAGGAAACUUGAACUAAGUUCAUGGAGUACAGUGCUUGAGGAUGAGGAGAAAAGGGUUAUUAAAGAUAGUAGUAAAUGGUGGUUUUAUCUUUUUGAAACUUUGAUUGUUCCAACAUCAAAGAAUAAUCAGGAUGACGAAGAAAAUAACAUUAAAGUGGUGAAUGCGCUCAACUUGUUUAUUUCCCAGGCAUCAUUCGGUGAUUUCCAAUUCAGAUUGGAGCUUCUCACGGCAUUUUCUAGACACAUAAUGGCCAUGCUACCAAAGUCAAAAUUAUCUGAUGUUUUAGCAAAUACCGUCUCAUUCUACACAAUGUUUGAAGAUAACAUAAUAUCAUCAAUUAAUGAUACGAAGAAGACAUUAAAGAAGGAAGUGUCGGAUGUGAUAAAGCUCGCUAGUUGGAAGGAUACAAAUAUUGAUGCUUUAAAGCAGAGUUCUCAACGGUCUCAUAGAUCAUUAUUCAAGGUUAUCAGAAAAUAUAGAGAGGUGCUUGCACAACCGGUCAGGCCUCUUAUUACCCAGGGUCUUGCUUUGGUGUCAACUUCAGAUGUCAAAACAUUUGACAAGAGUUUUAUUUCUGUAUCAAUCGAUAAAUCGGAAAAUAUUAAGACAAUUUUAUCUGCUUCUCAUACAUGGAAUCAAAAAAGCCAUAUUUUAUUCGAUUCAACUGCAGCAAAUGCUCGCAUGUCGAAUUAUAUCCAAGAGAUUAUGAAUGAUCAGGUACCAAGAUUAAGUGAAUUCUCUGGUGAACUUCUUGCAGAAGCACGUCAUCUUCGAAAAGAGACUCCUUCUGAAGCAACUUCUAAAAACAAAUCUCAGUGUGCCGCCUUAAAAACAAGAAAAAGGAAACUAUUGAGUGACACGCUUAAGGAGUUAAGGAGAAUGGGUCUCAAGGUUCAUUUGACAACAGAUAUCACAAAUACUAUAACAUCAGCGAGUGCUUUAUUGGUGAUAUCUAAACAUUUACCUGCUUCUGUUAAAGAGACGGACAAGUAUUUCUGGAGAGUUAUUGAGCUUCUUCCAAGACUUAGAAAUGCUGUUAAAAAUGUAAAUGACGAGAUACCGACUGGAUCUGCUCAAAGGGGAUUGGCCGCGGCGGAAUCGUUGUUAUUUUCGUUGGUGGCUUCCAGAAAGAUGAUUGCAUCUGUGUGUGCACUUUUUGAAUACCUAGAUUUAUGGAUUGGAGACAUUUCAAGACUUGUUAAUUUGGAUGUCAGUGAGAGCAAGAUGAUCUCUCAUGUAGAAGACCCCAAAUUAGAUGUUGGUACAGCCAUUAGAAUUGUGAAUGAGCUUCCAGGCAUGUUAUCUCUAGUCCAAAAAUCAAUGAUGACUGCCUCGACUUCUUUAAAAAGAAGCUUUGAUACUAGUAUAUUUGACAAACUUUGCGCAAAAGUCCAAACGCUUUCAUUUGAGAGGCGUGAGAUCUACUCAGUGACAGACUUUAGGAACUUGGCUAAACUUCAGAGUUUUCUGUAUGAAUUUUUCUGUACGAUCGAUGACUGGAAAAUACACAACAAGGAAGUUUCCUUUGCUGCUGACUUUGUCGUUCAAUGGAUUCAAGAGUCAAAAGGUCAUGCUAUGAAAACAGAGAAGGUCAGUGAUAAUUCCUUAGAUGAUAUCGACAAAUCUCUUUAUUCAUUGUGCUUGGAUAUGGUUUUAAGUGUCCAGAAAAUAUACAAAAUUCGUGAGCAGGUUCCGAUGCCCACAUUGGAAGAUGACAAAUGGCUUCGUACCUUACAGAGAAUCAUUUAUGAUAAAUAUGGAAAUAUGUUGAAUAUUGAUAGCGUGCUUUCAAAGUUGAAGGAUAGCAUUCUUUUAAUGAAAGGUGUGGAUUGCAUUUCGUCGGAGAUCAUGUCUGCAAGAAUUUCUCACACUUUGGUAUAUGUUGAAAAUUAUAGAAACCUCGUUGUGGGUAUUCUUUCAAAAAUGACCUCAAACUAUGCUGACUUGUCAACUGCCUUAUAUCAAAUGUCCACCAUAUUAUUCAAUAUUUCGAAGGAUGGAUUUUGCUCACCGGAGCCUCAUAUGGAUGAAGAGGAGGAUGACACAGAGAAAAUGCAAGAGGGUACUGGUCUUGGAGAUGGAGAGGGUGCAAAGAAUAACUCGAAAGAUGUUGGUAGUGAUGAAGAUCUUUCUGAAGAUGCGGAGCGGGACAAUACUGAACAAGGAGAUGAUGAAAUGGAUUCCGAUAAGGAUGAUGCAGUCAGUAUCGAAGGUGACAUGGCUGGAAAAACGGAAAGCUUGGAUGCAGAGGAUGAGGAAAAUAGUUCUGAUGAGAAGGACGAAGAUGAUGAAGAUGAUGAAGAUGAUGAUAGUUUGGAUGAUGAGGUUGAUGACAUUGACGACGAUGAUCCGAAUGCAAUAGAUGAAAAAAUGUGGGGCGAUGAGGCUGAUGAUAAUUCGAAGGAGAAAAAAUCAGAUAAACUUCCACAAAACUCGAAGAAUGAUGACGAUCAGUUAGAGGCUGCCGAAAAUGAAGGAGAAGACCCAGAGAAAAGAAAUCUCGAUGAUACAAACGAUGGGGAUAACGACGAAGCUGGAGAUGAUGAGGAGAAGAACGAUGAAUCAGAGAAUGAGGAUGGAAAUGAGGAUGAAGUGGCACCAAACAAUGAUGAUGAUGAUGAUGAGCAAGUCGACGAUAAUAUAUCAGAUGAGAAUGCUCUUGAGCUUCCAGAAAAUAUGCAGCUUGAUGGAGAUGAAAAUGAAACGAAGGAAAAUGAGGAUGAGGAGGAAGAUGAUGCAAUGCAAGAAGAUGAAGGGACUGAAGAUGAUAAUAGUAGUGCUAAUGAUAACGGUGAAAAUGAAAUGGAUAACGAGGAGCCAGGGGAUGAUGAAGAUUCAGGACUUGAGGAUGAUGCUGAAAAGGAUGCAGUGGAUGCUGGAAAGGAUACUGAGGAAGACUCAGCUGCUUCUGCUGAUGACAACGAUGCCAUGAAUGAUUCGGAUGAAGGCAGUGAUAAUGCCUCGAUGGACGAUAAUGAGGUGCCGGAAGGUUUAGAAGGAGGUGAAGAGCAGGAUGCUGGAAAUGAAAGCGUGGAUGAAGAUGCGGCAGCUCAUCAGCAAGAAGGUAUGAAAACACAAGGUGCAGAUACUGCAACCGAACAGCAGGAAGUAAAUGCAGGAAAUUAUGGUGGGGAUUCUUCGUUACCUCAGCAGGAGCGCAACAGUGGUGAGCAGGAGUCAAAUGACACUAAACAAGAAAUGAAUAAUGCCGGUCCGAAGGAAGAGCAGAAACCAAAUCUUGAUCGUGCUCACGAACAGGUUAACGAAUCGUUAAAGCAGCUUGGUGAUGCAUUAAAGGAAUUUCAUCGUAGAAGACAGGAAAUAAAUGAGGCCACUAGAGAUGAUUUGACUGAGCAAAAGGCGGGCGAGCGUCCCGAUGAAUUCCAGCAUAUUGAUGAUGCAGAUUCAGAUGAUGAUAUGCAAGCCAUGGGUUCGGCGAAUGAAGAUCAGAUUCAGCCGAUUGACGAUGAUAUGGCAAUAGACGAUGAUCAAGAGCAGGAUGGUGAUGCUACUGAGGACCAUGAUGAAGAGGAUGCGAAAGAGAAAAAAGAGCUGAAUUCCGAAAAUCUCGAAGACAAGAGUACAGAGAAAGACAAAGAACCUAACAUGGAAGCAGGAAAGGCGGAAGAUGAUACUAACUCGGAAAAGAAGAAUGAGGAAAUGCAUGUUGUGCUUGGAAAGAGAGAUGAUAUCGAUGAAACAAUUGAAACAGGUGAAAAUAAUAAGCAAGAUCUUGAUGCUGAAAAUAACUCCGAUUCAGACGAUGAGGAACACUAUGAGAAUUUACAGGAAGCGGAAACUACAGAGCAUGAAAGACCAUACGAAGAGGCAAGAGAUCUUUGGACUAAGGCCGAUGAGUCUACGCGUGAUCUCACUGCUGGCCUUUCCGAACAAUUACGGUUGAUUCUUGAACCAACCCUUGCAACAAAGCUCAAGGGUGACUACAAGACAGGUAAAAGGUUGAACAUGAAGAGAAUUAUUCCUUAUAUUGCGUCACAAUUCCGAAAAGAUAAGAUUUGGAUGAGACGGACAAAGCCAAGUAAGCGUCAAUAUCAGAUCAUGAUUGCUGUGGACGACUCCAAAUCCAUGGCCGAAUCUCAGGCAGUUGAUAUUGCAUUUGAGAGUAUAUCGUUAGUUUCAAAGGCCUUAACCCAACUAGAGUCAGGCCAGUUAGCAGUCGCUAAGUUUGGAUCAGAUGCCGAAAUCGUUCAUCCAUUUGAGAAGCCUUUUACAACCGAAUCUGGUAUAGAAGUCUUCAGAAAUUUCAUGUUCGAUGAGACGAAAACAAAUGUCAAAGCACUAGUUGAAAAAUCACUUUCUUCAUUUAGAGAAGCAAGAACUUACGGGAAUGCGGACUUGUGGCAACUACAAAUUAUUCUAUCCGAUGGUGUCUGUGAGGAUCAUGAAGAGUUGCAAAGACUAGUUAGGAAAGCUCGUGAGGAUAAAAUAAUGAUUGUCUUCGUGGUUAUUGAUUGCAUCAAUAACGAGGAGUCUAUUCUUGACAUGAAUCAAGUUAAUUAUAUACCGGACUCUAAUGGUCAGUUGCAACUAAAAGUUACAAGGUAUUUGGAUACUUUUCCAUUUGAUUAUUAUUCUGUGGUUCACAACAUUAAGGAGUUGCCUGAGAUGCUAGGCUUAAUUUUGAGGCAAUACUUUUCUGAAAUUUCCUCGGUCUAG